UAACGAAACCCCGUCGCACUUACGCAUCGAAGAGAUUCUCACUCUCUCUCUCUCUCUCGCUCUCUCACUUCUCCUGUUGCAGAAACCCUCGAAGGUGACCUUCAAUGGCGACGGUAGACGAGAGCCCCUCUGCCAAGAGGUGGCUCCCUCUCGAAGCCAAUCCCGAUAUCAUGAACCAGUUCUUGUGGGGCCUUGGUCUUCCGGAGGAUGAGGUCGAGUGCUUCGACGUCUUCGGGUUAGAUGGUGAACUCUUGGAGAUGGUCCCGAAGCCUGUACUCGCUGUUUUGUUCCUCUAUCCCAUCACGUCGAAGUCGGAAGAAGAGAGAAUACAGCAAGAAAGUUUGACGAAGGAGUCUAGCAGUAAAGUUUAUUUCAUGAAACAAACUGUGGGCAAUGCUUGUGGAACAGUUGGACUUCUGCAUGCUGUUGGGAACGUCACUUCAGAGAUUAAGCUUCUGGAAGGAUCCUAUUUUGAUAGGUUCUUCAAGUCCACCGCAGAUAUGGAUCCUUGUCAGCGAGCUGUGUUUCUGGAGAAUGAUAGAGACAUGGAAGUUGCUCACUCGGUAGCUGCGGCAGCGGGUGAUACACUGGCACCGGACUACGUUGACACACAUUUUAUCUGCUUUACAUGUGUAGAUGGUGAAUUGUUUGAGCUGGAUGGAGAAAAGUCCAGUCCUAUAUCACAUGGUCCAUCCUCACCGAGCAGCUUAUUGCAGGAUGCGGCUAAAGUCAUCCAAGAAAUGAUCCAGAAAAAUCCAGAUUCACUCAACUUCAACGUCAUAGCCCUUUCUAAGAAGGUUUGAGGCAUAUGAUGUCUAUAAUGGAGCUCGUCAAGUUACCCUCACUGCUGACAUACUGAUCGUCGCUUUCCCAAAAGGAUGUCGGUCCUUUUAUAGUAUCAUGUUAAAACAUCCAUAAGAAUAACUUGCUACUCACUAGAGGGCCUGCAAUCCGUCACUUGUGGAUUGUUCACUUUUAGGCCUAUUAACUGGCUUAGCUGGUUAUCUGUCCUGAAUAACCAUCGGUAGAGGAACGAAUCUUUGGGUUUAGUUGGUAUUGCUGUGUCCAAAAGUGGUGAAAUGGAUGUUUUGCGGCUGAAACUUGUAAGUUUGUUACUUUGCACAGGAGACAGCUUCCUUUUGAUGCUUCACCAUGGCUUGAUGAGUUCAGUACAUAUUAUGUGGAAGGUAUGCAUCAUCAACUUCUCGGUUUCGAAUGACAUCGUUACUUUGCAUGAUGCAUAAAAUGAUUUGGCUAUAUGCUUAAGGGUUUCUAUUAC